AUGCACGUAGUUUUCUUUGUGCUCCUGCUCGCCGGCCUGCCGAUGAGAUUCCUGGUGAUUCCGGUGGUGUUCAUGGGAGUGCGGAUGCCCGUGGAGUUUCUACUCUUCCCGAUCGUCGCUUUGCUGAUGGCGUUCGUGAUUGUGCUCCUCGUGUUUUUUGUGAUGCGGGUUCUCUGGCUGUACCUGGUGUUCUCGAUCUUCGGCCCGAUGGAGGCGUGUACGGUGGUGAUCGUGGUAUUCCUGCUUGUGCGGAUGCUCAUGGAGGCCCUGGUGCUUCUGAUCGUCGGCCUGCCGAUGGAUCUUCAAAUGGACGCGAUGGUGCUCAUGAUCCCCUGCUGCCUUUUCCGACUCACAGAAAGCCCCUGGGAAAGACAGCGACGACGUAGACUUUUCUGA